UGUAAUUUCAUAGAGGUCUCAUCAAAUUCAUUCUCACUGGGGGAUAAGCAAUGCGAAUAAUUUGUCAUUUAGUGGCAAACUGGUUGGGUCUGUUCAUCUUUUACAUUUAAUACAAAUGCUCGUUGUUGACAAAUAUUCCUGCCUUGCUUAAUUCUAAUGGUAUUAUUUAUGUAGCAGUACUUUAUGUGUAGCGGGUAAACUGUGCCAUGAGCUUAAAGGGUAAGAAUUUGUUUAACUGCUUGUAAAGUUGAGUCCUUCAUUUCAGGAGUCAUCAUGGCCUCCCUCCUCACUGGGUUUGGGCAGCUUAUUGUUCUUGUGAUUGUCUUGUCUCAACUCACAGCAUCACUUCCUCUUCUGGAGAGGACUCAGAGGCAUGCAGAUGGACUAUUUCACAGUGAACUCAGCAAGAUGAAUGAAAAUGCCUAUGUGCAGCAAUUAGUCAAAUCUCUUAUGGGCCUCAAUGAAAGAUAUCAGCGGCAUGCAGAUGGCAUAUUUACCAGUGAACUCAGCAAAAUGAGAGGAAACGCACAGGUUCAGAAACUAAUCAAGUCUCUCGUGGGAUACAAGCGCAGUGUUCCUGAACCAUCUGGAGCAGAGGGACAGCUGGAGGAGACUGGCUUUAUCAAUCAAGCUGAAAAUGACUUGGACUCAAAAGAGAUACUCACUAAACUGAAGGCUUUCCUGCACCAUGUACAAAGUCUCAGAGGAAGUGAUAAAGAAGAUGGCUCUCAGGGAUUCAUCAGCAUAGCCAUACCAGGGAAAUAUGAGAGUGACAGCCACUACAAUGACUUUUGCUUCAUGUGGUUGUACCAGAGCUUUUUGAAUGAUAGUGGCUCAGACAGCAGUGCAAGGGAAGCAGCUCAAGUAACUAGCCAAUACAUUUGCCCUGCCUCCAAGCAGCUGACUGCAAAGAAUGAUGAAGAGUCCAAUUUUGACUAGGCACCAGCAACUGAACCUGCAGUGUGGUGGGGUGAACCCCAUUUAUACCUGGCCUAGAAAUAAAUAAGGAAGCUAUUGAAUCUCCUUCUAGGAUAAAAUUAUAAGGGGGUGAAGCCACAGAAGCAGCUAAAGUCAUGGUAAAGCAAUUCAUGUAAUCAAGAGCAAUGUCUGUGUGUGAAAUUGGGGGUGGGGGAACACUAGCUGGAACAUAAAUUAUGUAAGUAGCUUCCACUGUACUUUAUUCUCUGCCUGCAUGUUGCUAGAGUUUAAUAAAGGUUCUUUAGCAGCCA